UAGUUCGUCGAAAAAAUAUUUAUGGACUAAUUUGUAAAUAAUUAGAUCGUGAUGAAUAGUAGCGACCCGGAGGGGCUAUCUUGCAAAAUCAUGAUCGCCGCCAGACAGCCUCGCCUUGGUCCGCCGUCGGCUCGCGCAACCGCACCGCGCCGUCGUCUCCGUCUCCACCCACCUCCCUGCGCUAGGGCUUCGCGCUCCGAAUUCCGCCGCUAGUGCUGGGGCCAGGGCCUUCGGCUCCCGCGCUGGCGGCGGCGGCCGGAGGCGAGGAAUGGUGUGCGUGGAUGGGCCGCGCGCAGGUCAGGCGGCGGAAAGAGCAUGGGGCAUGGCGGAUCACCGCCGAUAUGGAGAGGGGUCGGGCGCUCCUCACCUUCUCGCCGCCGCUAUUUUGCUCUUGAGUGAUGGCCUUGAAACGGGGAUCGGAUUUGCUGGGCGCAGCGCAGGGGUGGUGGAUGCGGAGGAGAGGAGGCGGCUGGUGGCUGCGAGUUCGGCAUUCAUGGUAAGUCUUCGGGGUUGCUGCUUGCAGGCUGUCUGCCAUGGAAUGGUUGGAGGAUAUUCGAGGAAACAUUGGCACCACCAAAUGGCGAUCUUACCUCGAGUUACGGAGGAAUUUUAUCAGCUCUAAGAUGGUGAGCUUCAUAGGCCGGAUUUGAAGCUGCUAACCCUAUCAUUGUCUCAAGAUCCAGGGAGCAUAGCAAAGGCAUCUGGGCGCUUCGCUCCUGCAGUAUUGAAUAUGUCCGGGGAAUAUAAUGGUUCGUCUGAGAUGAGUGUUGGUCAGCCAAAGGCUGUUGGCCGGAAGCAGCUUCGACGAGGUACUAAAAGGCGCUUUGUCAUGACCCAUGACAAUCAGGAAGGGACCAAUGGAGGCAACAUGGUGCCAUUCAGCGCCGCUCUAAGAGACGAGGAAAACGUUGGUGAGGUCAUCCAUUGCCCCUCAGUCACAAUCAAUGUAGGUGAGAUUGCCAUCAGUGAGGCUGCAUAUGGAAGCAAGGUGCCAAUCAGCAACCCUGCCGGAGACUUCUGUUGGCCUGUUGUAGCGACCAACGAUGACGAGGAAAACAUCGGCAAGGUCGCCUACGACAGCAUCCUGAACCUGGAAUCGCCUGAUCCCACCACACUCCUCAGGAUCAUGAUGGGAAACAAGUACAGCACCGAUGAAGUGUCGGCGCAGUUCCAGAACGUGGCACGGCUCCAGGCUCCUGAGUUCACCACCCUCCUGACCAUCAUGAACAAUGCUGGCUAUGGUGAGACCACGGACGAUGGACACUAUGAUGUCUACAAAGUAAUGACGAAUUUAGAAGGGUGGUAGCCAGCGACAGGUCGUGCUUAGGCCUGCCGCUGCCAUGAUGCAACCUUAUAUGUAGGCUUGCUUAGUUCUCUGGUCGAUGGCUAUCUAUCUGUUCUCUUUUGCUUGUGUUAUGACUCCGAACUGGAGCAAAUGUUUGUAUGGACCUGGUUCAUGCAUGGUAUUAAAUCUUGCAUUUUAUUAAUUUGGUAGGCAUGCGGACCUGCGGUUCUAUUAUGCGCAAAAUGAUUUGUUUGUAAGAAACUGAGAAUGUG